AUGGAUGUAGACACUAAAAUGACGUGUGCCAGCAACAGAGAACAAGAAACGACUAGAAACAUUUAUUAUUCUGAAAACAUCUGUUUUCUUACAGGAUUAAGUGGACGAUUUAUCAUAACGGCACUUCCUACCAUCUAUCAUUGUAAAGAUGGAGAGUUUAGGAGAUACCAGGGUGCAAGAACUAAAACUGAUUUCAUAAAUUUCAUCAGUGAUCAGGAAUGGAAGUCCAUUGAACCUGUUUCGUCGUGGUUCGGUCCUUCCUCUUUUCUGAUGAGCAGUAUGUCUGCUUUGUUUCAGUUGUCAAUGUGGAUCAGGCAUUGCCAUGGUUAUUUGACAGAAAGCGUUGGAAUACCAGUUUGGGGUUCAUACGCUAUUUUUGCAUUGGCAACUCUCUUCUCAGGGCUGAUACUGGGACUCAUAAUGGUGUUCUUAGCAGACUGUCUCUGUCCAUCCAAAAGGCACAGACAACAGCAAUACCCUUAUUCCAAAAAGCUAGCUCCAGAGUCAGCUCAGCUAUUGAAAAAGCUGGAUGAAGAGCAAGAAGCAGAUGAGGAGGAUCUUUCGGAUGAUGAAACAGAGGAUAAAGAGGUGUCCAACAGAAACUCUUCAAUGAAUGCUGUAAGACAGCGCCCAGUGAACCCUACUGCUACAAUGGAUAAAUCUUAGUUUUAUUUGCAUGCAGAAUUACUGUUUGUGAGUCACUAACUCAAAAGGAGUUGACUGUAUCAGAUCCUUCAGCUUGAAGAGAGGAGUGACUCCUGUCAUGGUAGUAUUGAUGCAUUUCACUAAUUCAGAAAAAAGAUAUACUUCAAAUAUCUUUGGCAUCAGGUAUUCAAAACUAAAACAUGCUCUUGCAAAUGGCUGGAACUUCUCCUGUCUGUAUGCAGAGAAGUGACAAGAAAUAAUUUGCCUGGCUUUUUGAAUGACUUGUUCUAUAGUUGUUUUACAGAAUAUAAGCCAGUGUACUUCCGCGUUAGGGAACCUUAGGAAGGAAAAUGCACUAACCUGUUUGCUGUUAAAGCAUUCAGAAAGGUUUCUCAAUAGAAAUCUGUCUAGUAGUGCUCUGAAGAAAUGCUGAGGGGAAAAAUUCCUUCAAUUAUGGGACCUUUUCCAGGCUUUUUAUGUGGGGGAAAAAAAAUUCCGUUAUAAACAGCCUAGUUCUUCUGCUAUGACAAUGAGUGCUACAAAAAGUCCUCUCUUCUUCAUCCAGAUCUCUUACUAGAAGCUACCCUUCAUUUUGUAAGUUGCUGAGACCAAUGUGGAAUAUAUUGAUUGUCUUCAAAUCUAAGCAGCAACUUUCUAAUGUUGAAUAAGCAUUAGCAAGAAAUAGUUUCCCUUUAUUAGAGUGAAGAUGCAUUUUGCAAAAUACUUGUGGUGUUCUGUUCUGCAUUCUUUUUCCUCUGCUCUCUGACUUUCUAAGCCGACUUCUGCAGUAUGAGUUAACAUCAGAGCUCUGUAUUUCCAGUUUGGAGGCAAAACUAUGAUCCGAUGACGCUAUGUUUUGACUUGAAGUCAGAAGAGCAGCGGAAGAAUGUAACGUCAUUCAUAGUUCAGCAAGCUUCUUAUUCUGCUUGCUGAGGAUGUGAAAGUUCAGAGGAAACCAUGUAAAAUUCCUAGUAUUGAAAAAGCAAUUUCUGGCUGCUUUCGUGUAUUUGAGGAAAAGAUAUUUUUGAUGUCUGUUUACAAGCUUCUGAGCAUUUAUGUCUGAAUAUAUUUGAGACAAGUUACUAUGAGCUUCUGAAGAAAGUAAAAUGUUGUAUUUUCUGCCUGCCAAUAGAAGUAGCAUACACUCCUGACCCAGUCCUCAGUGUGAAUUUUGUCUUCAACCAGAAGUUAACGCAUGGUAAAAAAUUUGAGCACAAAACUCUUGAAGCGCAUCGGAGUGCUCUUCUGCCCCACUUUGACCUGAAUGCUCCCUUACAAAUCAAUGUCAUUAGCUUGGUACACAACUCUUCUGCUCUUUCGAAUACUACAAGUCUGCUAUAGCUGACAAAUAAGUAAGUUAGCAUUUGCUACUAGAGCACAGAAAAAUGACAGGGAGAACAGAUCCAAAGGAGCUAAAACACAAGCUCAAGAAUACCCCAAAGCUCCUUUGGGAAGUGAUCUUCCUCUUCAGAGUAAUAAACUUGCCCUGAUCCAGGACAGAAUCAGGUUCCCUUGAAAUAACGUAAAGCACUGUUUCUUUGAGACAUUUCUGUCAUCUUUUGAAAACUUAACUGUAAUUGAAGGAGUGAUCUGCAGUAUAAACAACUACCUAAAAUAAAUGUAAAUUUUUCUGUAAUUAGGUUACUGGGGUAUUUCUGUAAUCACGUUAUUACCCUCAUUCAGAGGAGCAGAAGUUCCCUUCUGAAAUGCAUCUUGUGCUUCUGCUGACUGUUCACAUCCACUGUGCUGGAGUUAGGGUGGAGCGAGCAAAAGCUGGAGUGCUCGUCUUUGCCAUCCUCACAGAUGGAAGUUACUGGAAGUGCGCUGUGUAGUGCAGAAUCUCUGACCAGAAACCUACUAUUUGCAUUGAUUUCUUUUAGAACAUGAAUAGGAGAUUCUUAUUCUAUUCUGAAGAUUACAGAAAACUAUACUUCUUGGUGAAGUAAUUCUACUCUGAAAAAAUGAAAAGUAGCAAGUCGCAAUGACUGAUUCAAACAGGGUUAGUUUACACGUAGGGUACACUUCUGUUGAGUGUGAAUCCUACCCGUUCUUCCUGCUGUAUGGCAGUAGAACUCUGCUUGUUGUUAAUACAUCAUCAAUAAUUUAUGCUUAACCAAAUCUUAUUAGAAAUCCAACCAGGCAUUACUUGGUUUGAACUUGAAAUAACUGCUUACUCUUUUUUUUUUUUUUUUUCUAACAAUGUCAUCUUUUCAUUUUUCACAAAACCAUCUUAAAACAAUAUACCUUAAUCGUUAUUUAAAAAAACUGUAGCCUGCUGUUUUCUCUGAUUUCUAUUUUCUCUAUGUAGAAAUAAAAAGAGUGCAUAUAAGCGUUGGACCACUGUGUCUUGCAUCCCUUAAACUUCCGUAUUCCUUCUGUUAGUUUCUGAAGCAUAUGCGAGUGAAAGGCUAGUUUAAUGAUGAGGACGCUUAGGCUUUCUAGCAGGCCUGUUCUUGCUGGUCUUUUUCCGCUUUCAUCUCAGUGGGCUUGUAGGACUGGCAGGCAGUUGACAAAUCUGAGUCAAUAGUAAACAAUGGAGAGUCAUUGAGACUGUGAGCAUAGAAGUGCCCUUGAUGAUGUUUUCACUCCAGCAUGGCUGCCAGAUGGGAUUAUUAUGAAGGCAGACUGUUAGACAAGGAGCUAGUAAUGAACUUUGUGGGAUAUGAAAAAAUUAUUAAGAAAAAACAAUAUUUACAGUUCUUAUUAAGUGAAUCAGUUUAUCUAAAGCUAUUAAGGAUACUUAACUUUUUUUGUGGAAGUCCUUUCUUUAACGUUUCUUUGUAAAUUGCAUGUUAUGUAUAUCAGGUAGAUCAUAAUUCAGCCUGCGUAUUACGAAUGGAAAAAAGUGAUUCAGCUUUCCAAAUAUCUGAGCAAACCUUUCAAAAGGUUUUUAGAUGAGUAAGAAUGAGUUGUUAUAAGAUGUCCUUGAACUGCUUCCUUCGCUGCCCCCCACCCCCCUGAACUUUGGUGCUCUGGAAUGACUUAUCCCAGGCCAAAAAAAAAA